AGUGGAGAAGGGAAAUCAGAAUGUAUCUUAGUACAGCAUUUUGAAGAAUCAAUGAACUUUAUCAGAUCCAGUGGAAAGCUUCCUCAUACUCGUGUUCACCUGAUAAAUUAUGAUUGGCAUGCCAGCGUUAAAUUAAAGGGGGAACAGCAAACCAUUGAAGGAUUGUGGAUGUAUCUAAAAUCUCCCACUAUGGCAAUAGGAAUUUCUGAAGGUGACUAUUUGCCUUCACGUCAAAGACUAAAAGAUUGCAGAGGUGAGGUAAUCUGUAUUGAUGAUAUUGAAGGUGCCUUCUGUUUGAGAUCACAUCAAAAUGGGGUAAUACGCUUUAACUGCGCUGAUUCUUUGGAUCGAACAAAUGCGGCUAGUUUUUUUGGUGGUCUUCAAGUGUUUGUAGAGCAAUGUAGAAGGCUGGGAAUAUCACUUGAUACUGAUCUUGGAUAUGGUUAUAAUUCUGCUAACAAUCACGGGGGAUAUAGUGCUCCUCUUCCACCGGGAUGGGAAAAAAGAGCUGAUGCAGUAACUGGAAAAUCGUAUUAUAUAGAUCACAAUACAAAGACAACAACA